AUGAAUGUGGUCAGUCUAGUGAACGUUUCCAUGAACAUGGCCGAAAUAUCGGAAAAAAGUUACUUCUAUGCUGAUUUUACACAACUCUCUCCAGUUUACUACUCUUUUAUCGUUUUGUAUUUAGGGGUCAUGACCUUAGCCUUCCUCGGAAACUUUCUCGUUUGUGUUACAGUGUUCAGCGACAGGAGCAUGCACACUGUGGUAAACUAUUACAUUGUCAACCUAGCCCUGUGCGAUUUGAUGGUAGGAAUCUUUGUUUUGCCGAUGAAAUUACUAGAACUGGCAGCUCCAGCAAGUUGGGGAAUUCUCAACAACAAUCUCUGCACAGCAAUGUCUUAUCUGCAGACUGUAUUUGUUUUUGCCAGUGUCCUUACUUUGGUGGCUAGUUGUUUAGAAAGAUAUUUUGCUAUAGUUUAUCCUCUGGAGUCUCGAAUAGAGCAAAGCAAGUGCAGAACUAUAAAAAUCUUGCUAGCCGUGUGGGCCGUUCCUUGUGUAGUGGCGCUGCCGUUUCUCGACUCAGCAGACGCUCGUACAACUACUUUGCAGAGUCAAUUUGGCACAAUCUCCAGACUAACUUGUUUUGUGGCCUUUUCGGCAACAUUUCGACGUGGUUAUUACACCUUCCUUUUCAUCACAAUGUAUAUUUUGCCAUUGAGUUUAAUUGGAUGUACCUGCGUCCGGAUUUCAUGUUGCCUUUUAAAAAGUUUACCACUAUAUCGACAGGGGUCGGUUCGCCGACAGGAAGCAAAUCGUCGAAAGAUUGCCAAGAUGGUGGUCGUGGUUGUGAUUGCCUUUUUUUUGUCUUGGACCCCAUACUUCUUGAUAUCAAUUAUAACCCAAUAUCAGAGAGUUAAUUUUUUUCAGAGAGAGAAUUUUUUCUUCACUAUGCUAUGCAUUAACCUUUUCGCUUUUCUUAAUUCCUGUGUAAACCCAUUUAUUUAUGCUUCAAUGAGCACGCGAUUUAGAAAAAGCUUUAAACGAUUUUUCAAAUGUUUACUUUGUUACAACUACAAGUCAUAUACAGAUGAUCCUGUACUGUUAAACUCUAGACCUCUUACUCCUUCUAGCCUGAGCCGUCAGCUGACUGUUGUUGGCACAGAUGCUACCCAGAAUGCCUUGGAAUAUCUAUCUCAAACCGAUAAAGUUCCACCAAGAAUUUAUUGUCUUCUCCGAUCUAAACCUUUUAACAGGAGACAUUAGAAUAUCAAUUUAACAGUUCAGUUGGCAUAUACUUUCUGAUGAUGAAUAGGUUCAAUCAAACUAACCAUAAGUACGUGUUAGGUUGCUAUAUACUUACCACUUUGAUAAACCGAGGCCACUACGUCAGUAACAUCCGCCGUACUUU